UCACAACCCUAGAAACCCUAGGUUUCGCGAAGUCAAACAAAGUCAGUCCACUUGAUCGCGUGUAGCUAAGAGUGGCGCACCGUCAGAAAGCCAGGAAGCAGCAUAAAGUUCCACCUAAUCGCCCGUGCUAGUCGAAACUAGCACAUGGACGUAGCAGCCGUGGAGUAUCCGUGUAGCAGCGAGUAUCCGUGGAGUAGCGGCCUUGAAAAUAUCCGUAUAGCCUCGGCGUAUCCGUGGACUGGUAGCGGCCGUGGAGUAGCAGCCGUGAGUAGAGGAAACUCCCCCGCGCUCACCAUGUGGCCCCAACGUGCGCAAGUUGCAAUUCCGAGACAUCCUCGUCGCCUCGUCGUGCUGCUGGCGCUGCUGUGCGCCGCCUGUGGAGAGGCAGCGUCCGCGCAGCAGCUUUUCGCCUCCCAAAAGGCUGCACUGAAGAGUAUAGCGGAGGAGUGGGGUUCACGUGCUAACACAGUCUCGUGGAUACAGCGCAGUGACUGUGGCGACAUGGUGGGCAUCAUGUGCGAGGAUGGCUAUGUCACAUCCAUGGUUGUCAGUCAACAACAGCUUUGGAAGCCGAUUCCCAAUGCCAUUAGUGGCUUGCAGCGCCUUAAAGCACUCACUCUGAUAGAUUGCAGCUUGAUAGGCUCGCUGCCAUCCGCGCUCUUCACUUUGGACUACCUUACCGACCUGCUCCUGGCCAAGAAUUCCCUCUCCGGCUCUAUUCCUGCUGACAUCAGCAAGCUGACUAACCUGGAAUCCAUGGGAAUCGAGGAGAAUAGCUUGUCGGGGUCAUUGCCCAAGGGGAUCUCAUAUUUGAAGAAGCUCAAUGACAUGAGACUAAGCAGCAACUCUCUUUCUGGUUCUCUUCCAAGCUUCCUUGGCUCACUUACCAGCCUUGCCAUCUUGUGCCUGAACAACAACGGGUUUACUGGUUCCGUCCCUGACUCUCUCUCCCAGCUGCAACGAUUGACGCGAUUGCACCUGGAUUACAACCGCCUUGAAGGAAGCAUCCCAUCACACAUAGGAAACCUGACUGAACUGCGAUACCUGGUGCUGGGCGUGAAUGACUUCACUGGCACCAUCCCAUCAUCGCUGGCCAACCUCAAGAAGCUCGAAGGCCUUAUGAUCCACGACCUGCGCGUCCAUGGCCUGGUGCCUCCCGCUCUCACCUCGCUGCAGAAGCUUUGGUACUUGGAGCUGUCUUCCAUGUAUCUCUCUGGACCCUUGGCACGCAUUGUCACUCCCAUGACUAACCUUGUGAAGUUGCUCGUGUUUUCCAACCAAUUCACGGGAGAUGUGCCCAUCCCAGCCUCCAAGUCCUUAGAGAUUGUCAACAUCCAGAGCAAUUAUUUUACAUCCGCCCCAAUCCGCCCCAAGAACUGUUUGGCUGUCAACCUCAACCUCUCUGACAACUGCCUGCCCACCACCCUGUGCGGGGUGAAUCAACUGCAGAGGAGCAACGAGAGCUGUGCAGCAUUCUGUGGGGUGGGGCAGGGCGGGGCGCUGUGCAGUGGUCAUGGGUACUGCUUCAUGAACGACAGCAGCAGCACGGGCGAGUGUGUGUGCGAGGCACCCUACUCCACUCGCAAUGGACCCCACACAUGCACGUACACAAUCGACCCCGUGACUGCCUCCUCUGCCACCUCGCCCAUGGCUGUGAGUGGCUCUGCGCUGCGCUCUGCUGGCGGCGCCCUGCUGCUGACCCCCAGGGCCAAUGGCACCUGGGGCACGGCCUUCACAGCCGUGCCUCUGCCCCUCUUCUCCUACUUCAACACCAAGGCCACAUGCGGUUACCAGUUCGCCUUCAACGCAUCCUUUGCCUUCUCCCUCCACCCGGACUCAGAGGCCGGCGGGGAUGGGCUCGUGUUUGUCGUCGCUGCCGCGCUGCCAGACAGGCUGGGAGGGGUGGGGCGGCGGAGUGUGGGAGUGGAGUUUGACUCGGUGCUGAGUGUGAAGCACAGCGACCCCAACGACAACCACGUGGGCGUCAAUGUGGGCGGCUCACCUGUGUCCCUCGCCUCUGCCACGGCCCCUCUCAUCCUCAACGACGUCCAAACCAAGCACGCCUGGAUCCACUACGACCCCACCAGCGGCGGCACUCUCCGAGUCUUCCUCUCCUCCGACCCCGUGCAGCCCCUGACCCCCACCCUCCGUGCUCGAGUGUCCCUCUGCUCCAUCCUGCAGCCCAAGGCGUCCUCUGCUGCAUUCUAUGUCGGCUUCACAGCUUCGUCCACGGCCGGUGCACAAGCACACUCCGUGCUCAACUGGACAUUCACUGCAGAUAUUCCACUCAACUUACGCUUUGACCCUUCAAACCUGGCGCUGGGGUUUGUGUUGGACGAGGACUCCUUCUCAUCUCAGGGCUUCAACUCCGCCUUCCACUACGCCAGUGCGGGAUUCGAGCCAGCGCAAGACAACAGCCCCUCAUGGCUGGUCAAGUCCUUCGCCUCCUGGAUCUUGCCUCAACCCGUCUGGCCCGUCAAGAACCAGAAAGGCUGCGGUGACUGCUGGGCGUUCGCAGUGGUGGCAGCGGUGGAGGCAGCCUACAGCAUCGCGAGCGGCUGGUCGCAGCCCCCCGUGCUGUCGGUGGACCAUCUGCGCCUCGCCCUCUCCUCCAACUGCGAUGGUGGCUCCCCCACCAAGGCGCUGCAGUUCCUCCUAAACGCCACCGCCCAGGGCAGGGGGCUGCUGGAGCAGGCAGCUGACUCCCAAGGGUUGGCGCUCAAGGGCAGAUUGCUGGCCAGCACGAGGUACUAUGGCGUCCGGGGCAUCGAGCGCACGGCCUUCUACGGGUGGUUUGGGCUCAUGCUGGCAGUGCAGCGCCAGCCAGUCAUUGUGCACAUCGAGGCCUCCGCACCCUCCUUCCAGGACUACGAUGGGAGAGGCAAGUACGCGGACGAGGCGUGUUUCAGCGGCCAUCUGAACCACGUGGUGCUGGUGGUGGGCUACCUCUCGUCUGGCUUCGACCCUUCCAACUCCGCAAUGCCGCCGCCCUUCUGGAUCAUCCGCAACUCAUGGGGCACAAAGUGGGGCGACCAGGGCCACAUGCGAAUGGACAUUCGCAGUGGCGAUGGCAUCUGCGGCAUCAACACUCUCCCUGGGCUCUUCCCUGUCAUCAGAACUAUUGUGGAUCCGUGUGGGUUCCGCUCCUUCAAGUACCCCGUCCUCGGCCCUGUCUUCAACCCGUGUGGCCAGUACAACUGCAGCAAGAAGGGCACUAGCAAUCGUUGCAAGUGCUCUGAUGCCCGCUUUGCUGAAGUGAAGAACACCGAUGGAUCCUACACCUGUGCCUAUGUGGACGUGUGUGGGUCCAGCAGUCGCAAUCCGUGUGUGGUGGGCACGUGUGUGAACGAUGGCAGGGGCAGCUACUCCUGUGUGUGUCCCCCGGGGUUCGUCCAGGGCACCACUCUCGCCAGCACCGCCUCCUGUGCUCCGGGUGAUGCAGGGGGGGUGUACAGGGUGCAGCAAUCAAAUGUGUGGUGCGCUGAUGUGCAUCCCAUCUUCGCCCUCACACUGGACCAGUUCGUGCAGCAGAACAAGGGCAUCUCGUGCUCCAAGCCUCUGCGCCGCAACUCAAGCCUGCUUGUCAACUCUACAGUGGAGCUGUGCUCUGUCUUCUACACCACUGUUCAGGCAAGACUUGUUGUAAUCAGCAGAAUGCUCAGCGUAACCCCCUUUGAGUCGGAAUUGAAGUUCCUUGGGUGGUUUCAAAGACCUCCACCUAAUAGUUGGACCAUGUGUUCAAACAACCCUGACCCCCCAAUAUCCCACACUGACACUGGCGACACGUGUGCGGGGGUGGGGCGGCAGGUGCAGCUGUGUGGGGAGGGGGCGUUGGAUGCGGCGUGUGAGGCGGCAUUUCAGGCGCUCAACCCCGCUGUGGACUGCUCGUCCCUGAAGCCCUCCCAGGCGGUGUGCGUGGAGCGAGACCCCUCCAAGGCCAACCUGACUGUGGUGUGCGACCAGUACUACCGCGCACGCCUCAACGACACCUGUGACAGCAUUAGAGCCAUGGCAGAGCCACCUCUCAGUGCGGUGGACUUCUACCGCCUCAACCCUGGCGUCAACUGCAACCAGCUCAUCCCCCUCAAGAAGGCCUCACGCCCCGCCACCACCUUCGGCAAUGAGGUGUGCAUUGGCAGCGUCACCAACUUCACAGCUGGCAAGUGUUCAAGGACCAGCACCUACACCAUCUCGCCUGGUGAUGAUUGCAAAUACAUCCAGCUAAAGUAUUUCUACAGUAUUAAGGGAUGUUACAGAAGAAUGAAUGGAUAUGAGUGUGUAGACACGUUGAGACCUGGGGUCAGAAUAUGCACACCAAGUGCCAAAAAGGCUCGAACUGGAAGCUGUAGCAUUUGAUGAGAUUCGCAAUGAAAUCCCGUGUACAAUCUGUAAUUAGUGAACGUAAAAAUCAGGAAGCU